AUUUUAAUUAUAUCAGUUUAGAAUUUAUGAAAAUAAAUCAAGACUAAAUAUGAUUAUAGUCUAAUCUCUUAGAAUUUUACUUGGUAACAAACAAAUUGAAGUUUUUGGUUAAAGCUCCCAAGUGGAUUUUGUCAAAACGUUGAUUGUGUCAUGGCAAGGUUUUGUGAUAUGCCGAAGGAUUGGAUGGAUCUACCGAGGUAUAGCGAAGAGUAUAUCAAUGGUGUUAUUAGUUUCAUAAAGUUUGCAAACUCUGAGGGAGAACCGGACGGACAACAAAUUCAAUGUCCUUGUAAGAGGUGUUGUAACAUUGAGUGGUAUAGAAGAUAUGUGGUAUUUGACCAUUUAGUAGCCGAUGGAUUUGUUAAGGGAUAUAGAACAUGGAUUAAUCAUGGGGAAUGGACAAUCUCGAUGGUGGUUGAUGAUGACACAGAUGAUGAAGAAGGUGCACACGAUGACAUCGAAGGACUGCGUAAUGAUGCAUUUGGAGAUCAUGCUGAGGGUGUUACUGUAGGUCAAAAUGAAGAGGCUAAAAAGUUUUAUAAUUUAAUAGAUGGGGCAAGUCAAGAGUUAUACCCGGGCUGCAGGAAAUUUUUUACAUUAUCUUUUACUAUCCGCCUGUACUUGUUAAAGUGUUUGCACGGUUGGAGCAAUGCCUCCUUCACUUCCCUUCUUGAGCUAAUGAAAGAGGCAAUGCCUGACAUUAACAUACCUCCAUCUUUUCAUAAGACGAAGGCUAUGAUAAGAGAUUUAGGUCUGGAUUAUAAAAAAUCGAUGCUUAUCCUAAUGAUUGCCUCCUUUAUAGGAAAGAACUAA